CCAAUGCGGAAGUGAAGCACCGUCUCUGAAAAGAAAUGGCAGCUCACAGGUGUAGGAAUUUAGCAUGUCUGCUUCUUUUAUUUUUGUCCGUAUUUUUAGUUACAAUGAGUCAGGAAACGACACUAGGGCAUGAACAGCAUGCCACUGCGGUGGGCGAUCCCCAAACUGGGGCUGAGACGAAGCACACAGCGGAAAAGCCAAGGGUGGAAGAGAAGAGAUGGGAAGAAACCAAAGUGAAAGCGACCACACAAGCAUCUGACACUGCUGUGUUAACUAAAACACAAGUAAAUGAGGAUUUCCAGGAGGAGUUGGUGAUCAGACCGCUGCAUUCGGGAGAUAUUUAUGCUAGCUUUCAGUUUCGCACCGUAUGGGAAACAGAUUUCAUGAAAGGAAACAAAGUGUCUCACUACAGGCUGUUCCCAAAGUCUCUUGGUCAAGUUAUUUCCAAGUUUUCGGUGAGGGAGCUGCACAUUUCCUUCACACAGGGCUACUGGAGGACCAUGCAGUGGGGGCAGCCAUUUAUACCCUCUCCUCCAGGAGCUGAGCUUUGGGUUUGGUUCCAGGACUCUGUGACUGAUGUCGAUGCCACCUGGAAGGAGCUGACCAACGUUUUGUCAGGCAUCUUCUGUGCUUCACUGAACUUUAUCGACUCCACCAACACCCUGCAGCCCAGCGCUUCAUUUAAACCUCUGGGAAUAGGCAAUGAGACAGACCACCGCUUUCUCCGCUACGCCACCCUUCCACGGGAAAUUGUCUGCACUGAGAAUUUAACCCCCUGGAAGAAACUCCUGCCGUGUGGAUCCAAGGCCGGUCUUGCCGUCCUGUUGAAGUCAGAGAAGCUCUUCCACAGCAGUUUUCAUUCCCAGUCUGUGCACAUAAGACCAGUGUGUCAGGACCGGCAGUGUAAGUCUUCUUCUUGGGAGCUGCGGCAGGCGCUGAACGUAGUCUUUGACCUGCACACCUCUGGACAGAGCAAGCGUGAGUGGUCUCUGUUCAAGAUGUUCUCUCGGACGCUGACGGAAGCAUGUCCGCUGGCUUCUUCCAGUAAAAUAUACAUCGACGUCACAGACAACCCUCAGGAGGAGCAGUUCGAGCUGAGUCCAGCCACUCCUCUGCUGAGCCAGGCGGUGGUGCUCGGGGACAGACGCACUUUUUCCGUCUACGAUCUGACCCAACAAGUCACCUUUGGCACUGUGCGCUCCCUCAACCUGAUGAUUCGUUGGAAAUCCAGUGAAGGUGACAUGCUCCGCCCACUGCUUCACGCUGAGCGUUACGUGGCUGGAUACGGUCUGCAGACAGGAGAGAUUCAUACCCUGAUGUACAACAACCACCCGUUCAGGUCCUUCCCGGUGCUGCUGCUGGACUCCGUGCCUUGGUAUCUGCGCCUCUACAUCCACACACUCAAAGUCAUCAGCAAAGGGAAGGACAACAACCCCAGUUACAUUCACUACCAGCCGUCUAAGGACCGUGAGCGACCCCACCUGUUAGAGAUGCUGCUCCAGCUUCCUCCACAUUCUGUUACCGAGGUUACCGUGCAGUUUGAAAGGGCUCUGCUGAAAUGGACCGAAUACACACCCGAUCCUAACCACGGCUUCUAUGUGGGAUCUUCAGUUAUCAGUUCUUUAGUACCAAGUACUGUUGCCAUGGAAACCAACAUCACUAUGGAACAACCGCUUUUCAGCAGCUUUUUCCCGUGUAAAGAGGAGUCUAGCUACUUUGCCCGUGUCUACACAGAGCCUCUGUUAGUCAACCUCCCUACUCCUGACUUCAGCAUGCCCUAUAACGUCAUCUGCCUGACCUGCACCGUUGUGGCCGUGGGGUACGGCUCCCUCUACAAUCUCCUGACCCGCAGCUUCCAGGUUGAAGAGCCUAACCCAGGACUGGCCAAGCGGAUAGCCAACGUCAUUCGGAGGAUGAGGGGUGUGCCGCCACUCUGAGUCUGAAAACUGACAUGUUUUUUGUUUUUUUUUGUAAAAAGGGGAAAUUACUAUAAAGCUGAGUUAGGUUUGGUUUUCUAAAGCCUUUGGUCAUAAAUGCUUUUUUUCUCAAUUUGAAGAGAGAAGAUUCUGUUUGAUAUUUGUUUGAAAAAACUAUUUAAAAAGGUGUUUGUUUUUUCCUAAAUGACAAAGAGCCAACAUUCUAUGAUGUAUUUUUUUUUUAAAUGUUAAAUCAUCAAGGUUUAUUUAAAUCUUUACUGUUAGGAGGCCAAGACAUUUGUGUUUCAGUCUGAGAGUGAUAAAAUGCGCCUUGGUGCAUGUGCACUUUUGUACAAACAUCUUUGCGUUGGCUCUGCACUGUUUGACUUGUUUGACAUCUUUCUACCAGGAGAGAUAAGAUAAAGUGACACAAAGUCACAGUGACUUUGUCAGAAUGACACCUUGAGGCUUUGGCUGUGAUCUUUCAAUGUAGGUUUGUUUUGGUCUCCAUAGUUUUACACACCUUACAGAAAUAUUUUUCUAUUCAGUUGCGAUUGAUUGUUUGUUUUUUUUGUUUUUUUGCACGGACUGUACACUACUGUAUGCCCAUAAAGGAAUAAAUAAAAAGUUGCUCUUUUUAGAUCUUUCUACAGACUUUUUUUUUAAGCAUAAGUUUUGAUUUCUUCAGGUGUCAUUUCAAAAUCUUUUAUAAGCCAAAGUUUUAAAAAUGCUACACUAAGUGGGUGCUUUAAUAUGUACAAUUUUGUGCAGAUCCAGUUUACUGCUACGCGUCUUCACAUUGUGACUUAAUACAUUAAAUAUUUCCUUCGGUGGUUUCA